AUGGCGCGACACGGCCACCGCCAUCAGGCUCGAAAGCACCCUUCUAUUGAAGAUAUUAUCGACAACAUCGACGACAUCUUCCAGGGCAAUGACAGGAAGUCCCCCUCUACUAUUACGUCCAUCAUCUAUGUGACCGCAAAACCGACGUUCUCUGGGCCUAUUGGCGGAUAUACAACAGCAACGGAUGACGGCGACCGCCCAAAGCUCACACCGUUCCCACCGUUGGAGACUCCUACGCGGUCAACGAGGAGACCCAGACCAACAGAAACCAGCGACGAAGAGGAGACGCCGACCCCGGAACCGACAACAGAACCGACAACUUCCACCCGCCGUCCUCGCCCGUCGUCCUCGUCGUCCUCCUCGCGGUCAUCUUCCCGUUCGACUCCUGCGCCAACGACAAGCAGUGAUGACUUCACUACCUCUACGUUGGCCCCAACACGGACGAUCGCCAGCAACUCAAAUGAUGCAGCUAUGGAGACAAGCUCAGGUUCUAGCUCUGCCACUGCUGUCCCAAGUGCUGGAGGAAUGAGUGCGGGCGCGAAGGCUGGUCUAGCAAUUGGCCUCAUUGCACUUGUUGCUAUUAUCGGUGGUGCUAUAUUCUUCUUCCUUCGCAAAAGGAAAAGAGAGCAGGAGGAAUUGGAGGAAAUCGACAACGAGAAAUCCUUCAGCAAUGCGGCCUCGAGUUUCCCACCACCUCCUACUUCUAGACCAACUACAUCCACUACUUCCCCCAUUGCACCAAAGCUCAACAUUCGGCCUGUGACUCAGUUUUCUCCGGAUUUUGGAGGUCCACUCCCCGGGGCAGCCAAAUCUCCUGGCAUGCUCAAUGUCUCUGGUGCUCUGCCCACCCCUCCAGCAUCCGCUAGUGGCUCGCGCAGCUUGACAGAUGGCCCGGGACCAUCUGCACCAGUCAAGUCACAUACUGCCACAAACUCUGAUCCAUUCAAUGACCCGGUCAACCCCUUCGACAACCCAAGCUCAGCUCCUUCAUCACCCCCUAACCGAACGCUUCCAGAAGCCCUCCAGGUCCGCACCCCCAGUGUUGGUUCAGAUAUUGGCCGCCCUGUGUCUCCCAUCUCUGAAGCCACUGUCAGCACUGGUGUCGUUGCAUCUGCUAGCGCCUUGGCUGCUGUUACCACUGCUACCACCGCUGUUGCUUCUGUUGCAUCCAGUGAGGAUGCUCGUAAAGAGCAGCAGCAGAAGCCCGCUCCUCCACAGAUUCCGGCUGCCACUCCCGCUCCAUCAAGCCCUGCCACGAGUACAGCCUCUGUCAUUAAUGUGGCACCAGCUGGAGCGCCUGCCGGGCCACCCCCUGGACCAAACAAUGUUUACCGUGUUCAGCUUGAUUUCAACCCUUCUAUGGACGAUGAAUUAGCCCUUCGGGCCGGCCAACUUGUCCGCAUGCUUCAUGAAUAUGAUGACGGCUGGGCUCUUUGUGUCCGCCUUGACCAGCCUCAGCAGGGUGUCGCACCACGAACAUGUCUCUCUUCCCGCCCUGUUCGCCCUCGUCCGCGUGGACCACCCCAAGGCCCAGGUCAGCGAGCCCCUGGCCCAGGCCCCAUGCCCCCAGCGGGCGGCCGUAACUCUCCUGGGCCAAACGCCAAUAGUCCCCGCUUCAAUCCUCCUGUCAACAGCCGACCAGCUUCACCCAAUGCAGGAUAUCGCCCUUACCCUCCGCCUCAAAAUAAGUUCAACGAAAUUCCCCGCUCGUUGUCUCCGGGCCCCGGUGCUGGUAGCCCAAGAAUUCCACAACCCCGAUCAAUGAGCCCAGGACCAUACGGGCCAGGUGGAAUGCAGAAGCCGGUUAUGCCUGCAGCCCAAAGACCAAGGAGCAACAGUGCUAGUGAUGCCGCCGCACCCUCAACUCCUGCAUCAGCUCUGGCAGCAACCUCAACGGAACCUGCGGAGAAACCAGAGCCAACCCGCAGUCCUCCACCAGCACUUGGACCUGUGAACCGCAAACCCGUUCCAGGUCAGGAGUCGUAG